CACCGCCAGCCGCGGCACAGACGGCCCGUAACAAUCAGCACACUCCCCCACGCGGGUCAAUUGCGCGCGGCCGCCGAUGAGUCUCGCCGCCGCCGCCGCCAGGGGGAGGCCGCGGUCACCAGGCCUGGGCCCUUCCCCGAGCCUCCUUCCUGAGUCGCAGAUUCACGUGCAAGACGGCGGUGGCGGCGGUGGUGGCGGCGGUGGUGGUGGCUUUCAAGGAGGCGGGGUGGGGUGGGAGGCCGUCUAACGUCCCCGGGGGUGGGCCACAGGAGCGAGGGAGGUGGUGGAGUGAGGAGGUUGUUGUAGGAGAAUCCAGAUAGGUGCAUGCUGUCCAGCUCCUGGUCACCUUUAAGCCAAGUCUGAAGACACCUGCAGUCGGCACUCUCUCAUCCAGGUGCAGACUGACACAUUAAGGGUUACGGUGACGACCUGCAAGAUGGCAGCUGGGGUGGCUGUCGGCGGCCCCACGAGUUUUUCAGCGUGGCUGGGCACGCAAGGCGCCAGCGCGAGCAUGGCGCUCGCACUGGAGCAGGAGCUGGGCAUCGGCAGCGAGGAUACGCUGCUGGCCUGCGCCGAGGACCCGCACAUCCGGGCCGAGUUGCUCUCCCUCGCGCGGCGCCGGCUUCCCUUCGGCUCGUACGCUGUGCUGGCGCGCCUGCUGCGAGGGGUUUGGCGGUUGCGGAUUGCGGCGGAAACGUUGGGGGGCGCGGAGGCGGCGGCGGCGGCGCUGCCGACGGACUCGUGCCAGCUCCGCUGCGGGGAGCACAGCCUGCUAAGCAGCCUGCUGCACGCCAUCGUGAUCACGCUCAGCAGCUUGAGCCAGGAGCUGCAGGAGUCGGCGGAGAGGUUCAGCUGCCUGGACGGCCUGGUGCAGGCGGGCGCCAGCCCACGGGGCACAGGCUCGCCGGUGCCAGCAGAGGUAGUGGACAGCCCUGUUCCAGUGGAGUCUUCGUCCCCUGUGGAUGCUUUCGGAGCGCUCGCAAACGAGGACCAAAACCCAUCCCGUGCGUGGGAUGUAAACAUCAAAAUGGAACCGGUCAGUGAAAGUACACCUGACAGCUCUGAUGGGGUUUCUGGCCACAACUUGGAUGUGUCUUUCGUGAAAGUGGAAGUGGAAACCGAUUGCCUGGAGAACGGUGAUGUGCCAGAGUCCAGUAGAAAAGAGGCAUUAGAAGAUCUGGCAUGCCCGUGUCAUCAGGGCGCUUCUGCCCAAUGCUGCAGCAAGGAAUAUUGCAAUAACGUAAAUACGUUAAAGCAAUGGAAAGCAGCCAGACUCACAUACAAGUGGAAUGACGACCAGGGCAGGUCACCGGACUGGGCUGUUGAUAAAACGUCGCUCAUGAGGAAUAGCUACAAUCCACGCUGUGGCAAGGGCAGUGGUAAGAAAGAUUUGGGAGAAGUCUGGAAUCCCAACCUGACUCUUGAUCAGAGCGUGGUUCUCAUUGAAGAUGACAAUCAGUUUACGGCUGAGAACAGUCUUGGGUAUCAACACCGAGUGCAUGCGACUCCAGGUGCUCAAUCGCUGACGAUGCACCUGGAUAACGAUGGCUCGCCUGUGCAGAUAUUCACACAGCCGGAGAGGACUUCUGCCACGGUCGACGAAGUUCAUGGCACUGAAAAUCAAGAAGACGCUGUUUCACCAAUGGAGCCGCCACCGUCUCUGGGAGCGGCACAGGCAGAGGAUGUGCCGUGUGUUGGCUGCGCGGAGUGUGGCCAGGAGUUUUUGCUGCCGGCUCAGUACGUGGAGCACGUUCGUUGUCACCGACGCGGCCGGGACGGCGGCGCGAACGACGGCGCCGCGGGAGGCGGCCGUCCCUUCACGUGCCCGCUCUGCGGGGCUUGCUUCUCGCACCUGUCGGCGCUCAACCGCCACCAGCGCACGCACACGGGCGAGCGGCCCUUCUCGUGCGAGGAGUGCGGCAAGCGCUUCACGCAGUCGUCGCACCUGAACCGCCACAUGCGCACGCACACGGGGGAGAAGCCCUUCAAGUGCCUCCACUGCGGCAAGGGCUUCCUGCAGUCGUCCGACCUCGCUCGUCACCAGCGCACGCACGCACGCCGCCCCCACAGCCACCAACGCGAUGAUUCAUCAGCAUAGUCAACGAAGGACCGUUGUGCCAAAUGCGUGACCUCUUGCGACAGCAUUUGCAUUAACUGAUCUUGCUGCCAUAUACCAGUGUCUCAAGUAAUUUGUUUGAUCCACGUAUCACGAUGGCGGUGCCAUUCGUUUGAGGGUCGCAGUCCACCUCAAACGUUAACCGCCAACUGAAGUGCACAAUUUGCUGGAGAUUGUGCAUCCAGACAGGCGACGUAUCUAAAAAGUGACAACAAUCUCCCUCCAAUUGCGAGGAGACCGGUCGCAGAUGCUAAUGGUGACAUUUCCGACGAAGUUGGAUGCCAAAAAGACAUCUUUGGCAUCGCAUGUGGAAGAACUGUAGCCGAUCCAAAUGAGCUUGAAGCAAACUGACAACGCAGCUCUGGCAGACUCUCAAUUUGGUGCCCAGACUGAAACGUUUCUGGGACCGAAUGUGGCUCAGACCUUUCAUUAUACCUGAGGCCAGGCCGAUCCGGCGCAUAACUCCAGGUCUACGUCGUCCAUCAGUGGUCUGUUCAGAUCCCAGGUAGAGAAAUUCCUCCACUGCUCCGACAGCAUUACCAUUAAUUAUGCAGUUUGCUUCUGGAGGUCCAGAGCCUAAGUUCAGCAAUUGAGAUUUCCACCCGAGAUUGGGGUGGCUACAAAAUAUCUCCACGAUUGCCAAACGUCUUCAUUUCAAUAACAUUGACAUCCCUUUGACUUCACCGAUUUUUAUUUUGUUUGAGUGUUCACAUGUGUAGGUUACAAAGAGGUCGUGAGAAACCUGUUCUUGGCAUUGGGAGAGGACACUUCUUUUUUUAAUAUCAUUACUCUGCUUGUUUACCCAGGAAAGCCUAACUUAGUCUCGACUCUUUUUCAGGAGGGUCCUGCCAGGAGGUUCGCAGUUGUUUCCCAGUUAAGCGAUUUGCAAGUUAUUUUCAAAUUGAGCAAAUCUGGAUCAUGACACGAGAGUACAAUAGUCUAUUGUUCGUCUAAUAAUGUCAUGGGAUCAUUAACGUCCACUCUGAAACAGACGGUGUGUAUUUUAUUGUUAAUACACAUGCAGUAUUAACCGGGGCAGCCUGCCAGAUUCAAACCGCAAACCUCUGCGGGAAGCGGAAAAUCCAACCGACCAAACUGAACACACAACCAUCGUUUUGCACUCGGAAAAAACAAAAAUGCUUUUUAUAUGAUUGCUUUGUAACAGUUCUUAUGUGUGCCAGCAUUAAUAUUUGUACCAGAAACUAGCAGGAAUAAAACUUUUUUUAUAGAAACGGAUUUGUUUGAUCUUGAAAUUGUAUGCACUAUCACAGUGGAAUGUGAGAGAAUGACUGAACGAUGGGCUAAGAUGUUUAAUGUGCGAGUACAUUAGUGACAUUCACAAACUCAAUCCAGUGAAUAUUCGCUGCUUGCCAAACACUCUGCCAAUAAAAUAAAAACUCAACACUAUUGUCAAUAUUGCCUUAAAACAGAAAUAUAUAUAUAGUGGGCUAAAGUUUUUUGACGUUCGCCCCUAAAAAAAGAUACGAUCAUAACAUUCAAUGUUGCACUACACUGCCUGCUACCUUCAAAUAUUAAAGCUGAUUUAUGGACAGCAUUUCCAUUAACGGAUGUUGAAUAGCUAAUCCACCCACAAAAUUGUUGAUAAACUGGUUUCACCGAGUUUUUUUGUUUUAUCUCCAACUAGAAUCCACUCUGUCAUCUACUCUAACGAAGGUUCAUUUCCCGAAACGGCCGAUUACUGUAAAUGUUUUUCUUUAGCUACAUUGUUAACAUGUACGGCUGCCAACACUUGUCAUUUCGCUACUGAAGGCUCUCCCCUAUGCCGUUUCAGUCAAUGUACCUUAACCAGCACGUUGAAGUAUGGUCAAACAUUGUCCAUGAUGAAUACUGCGUUGUGAGACCAUCUAGCAGUGGAUUGAAAAAGGACGAUAUACUGUACAUUGUUUUGUGUUAUGCACUGUUCUGAAUCACGCGUGCGUUUGCCCAUGCACUUUGCAAAGUGUGCAAUUACACUCCAUUCCUAAAGCAUACGAACAUUUCGACGGAAUUUACUUACCAGUGAUGUUUAAAUAAUAGUUGCGGGGCGGGGUUAGGGUGGAAGUGUCCAGGA